CAGCCUGGUAACCAUCCAAUCCCGGUAUCCCGUGUAAACAGUUUUUAGUUCCCUGGGUUGAAAAGUUGUUUACAUUUUUCACACAUUGUAAAAAGUACUCCAAAUUUCGUAAUAAUUGGAAAGCUACUGAGAUAAUCUACCUUGAGAGAGUGAAUAAAGCAUCAAAAACAUGUCAGAGGAGAAGAAGCCAGAUGGGGAAAGUCCCAGCAAGGACAAAGGAGCGAUUGAGGACAGCGCCUUCGAGGCGCUGGAGAAGGACUUCCAGGAGGUGUUGAAUGAGCUGAUGGGUGACCGCAGCUUGGAGAAGUUCCGGGUGGAGUACGAGAAGCUGCACCGGGCGCUGCGCAAGUCGCACGAGAGCGAGAAACGGCUCAUGACCAAGUGCCGGGAGCUGAACAGCGAGAUCGUUGCCAACUCGGCCAAAGUGGCCACGGCGCUGCGGCUGUCUCAAGAAGACCAGACCACCAUCGCACAGCUGAAAAAGGAAAUCGAGAGAGCCUGGAAGAUGGUGGACGCCUCCCAUGAGAAGGAGCAGAGAGCCCGGGAGACCAUCCAGUCCCUCAAGCUGGAGAUUGCCAACCUGAGCAAGCUGGUGGAGCAAGGGGCUGGUCUGACCAUGGGUCAAGAGCACAGUGUCAACGAGCUUCUGAAAGCCAAGGAAGAGUUGACCAAAGAGAGGGACGAACAGCUGGCCGAGAUUGUCAAGCUGCGGGAGUCACUGGCAGAGGCGGCCAACAACCAGCAGAAAGCCGAGCAGGACAGGGCGGAAGCCGAAAACAAGAUUGCCGAGCUGGCCCAGGACAUCCAGGUGCGCAGCAACGAGGCCCAGCGGGAGACGCGGCGCAAGGAGAAGCUGGACCGGGAGCUGAAGCAGUCCAAGCUGGAGCUGGAGCAGAAAGCCGGCGACAUCAAGACCAUGCAGCUGCAGGCGCAGCGCUACAAGGACGACAUCGGCCGGCUGGAGACCCAGCUCAAAGAACAGAAGAUUCUGUUUGAGCGCACUGUCAAAGAGAUGGACGUCCUGAACCAGCGCUUCAGCAAACUCCAACAGGACUACGAGCAGCAGCUGAUCAGCUGCGACGGCUUGGCCCAGGAGAACCAGACCAGGGUCGCUGAGCUUAAGGCCAAAGAGGAUGAAAUUGGCGUGCUCAAGACGGACACCGUCCGCCUAACCAAGAUGCGAGAGACCAUCCAACGCAAGCUGCGCCAGGUGGAGGAACAGAAGGGUGACACGGAACAGCAGAAGGAAACCCUGAAAUCCCAGAUCAUUGCUCUGGAGCGAGAAAUUGAGAGCAACAAGAAGCAGGUGGAGAUGGACCGCAAGGCCAUCGACGACCUGGUGCGGGAGCGGGACAUCUUGAACAAGAACCUGCUGAAGGCGGCCAACGCCACCCAGAAGCAGCUCAACCUGGUCAAGCUCCACGAGCAGUCCAAGAAGAACCUGGAGCAGGAGAUCCAGAACUACAAGGACGAGGCGCAGAAGCAGCGCAAGAUCAUCUACCAGCUGGAGAAGGAGCGGGACCGCUACAUCAACGAGGCCAGCGACCUCACCCAGAAGGUGCUGCAGCACAUGGAGGACGUCAAGGUACGGGAGAUGCAGAUCUUCGACUACAAGAAGAAGAUCGCCGAGGCGGAGACCAAACUGAAGCAGCAGCAGAACCUGUACGAGGCGGUGCGCAGCGACCGCAACCUGUACAGCAAGAACCUCAUCGAGUCGCAGGAUGAGAUCACAGAAAUGAAACGCAAGCUGAAGAUCAUGAACCAUCAGAUCGACCAGUUGAAGGAGGAGAUCACUGCCAAAGAAGCUGCGCUGGUCAAGGAACACCUCGACCACCAGCGGGUGGAGAAGGAGAAGGAAGCCCUGAAGGGGGAGCUGCAGCGGAUGAAGCAGCAAGCGGCCGAGAGCAAGGCCUACAUCGAGGCCCAGGAGGCAGAGGAACGCAAACUCCUCAAGAUCAUCUCGGAGGCGGACGCUGAGCGCCUGCGCCAGAAGAAAGAACUCGAUCAGGUGAUCAGCGAGCGUGACAUCCUGGGCACCCAGCUGGUGCGGCGCAACGACGAGCUGGCCCUCCUGUACGAAAAGAUCAAGAUCCAGCAGUCCACCUUGGCUAAGGGCGAGACGCAGUACCGUCAGCGCCUAGAGGACAUCCGCCUCCUCAAGCUGGAGAUCAAGAAGCUGCGGCGGGAGAAGAACAUCUUGAACAAGAGCGUGGCCAACGUGGACGACCUCAGGCGAGAAGUCUACCACCUCCAGCGGGAGUUGCUGCGGGAGCGGACGCGCUGCAAGGCCCUGGAGGAGGAGCUGGAGAACCCCAUGAAUAUCCACCGCUGGCGCAAGCUGGAGGGCUCAGACCCCAGCACCUAUGAGAUGAUCCAGAAGAUCCAGACACUGCAGCGCCGGCUGAUCCAGAAGACCGAGGAGGUGGUGGAAAAGGAGCUCCUGAUACAGGAGAAAGAGAAGCUCUACAUCGAACUAAAACACAUUCUGGCCAGACAGCCUGGACCCGAGGUGGCAGAACAACUGCAAAUCUACCAGCAGACCAUGAAGGACAAGACCAAACAGUUGAAGGGAAUGGCUUCCGAGCUGAACAUGUACGAGUCCCAAGUGCAGGAGUACAAGUAUGAGAUUGAGAGACUGGCACGGGAGCUGCAAGAAGUCAAGAAAAAAUACUACGCCCAGAAACGCAAAGAGCAGCAAGGAAGAGAUCGAGAACGGGCCCUGGCGCAGGCCGGCUCUGCCCCCAUCCAACCGCAGCGGACGGAGGGUCCCCGAUUCACCGGAGGCGGCUUUAACCUGAAGCAGCCGGGCACCGGGAAGGUCACCGCCUAGCCUCCCCUACAAGUCUUACUCCCGGUGUUUCUAUAUAAAAAAAAUUUGUCAGAUUACGUAUUCCGUCCUUAACGAGAUGUAGAGUCAUACAGGUCCCUGUUUAAUUCGGUUUUGGCUUAGCUGAUGUGGAUGAGCUGAGGUUUGUUGGCUGAAGGUGAUUCUUAGAACGGUUGAAUAACCCUCAGUGACCACUUUCCCUAAAGAAAAUACCCACCCAGUCUUGUCUAUUUUUAUAUUAAGCCUCUGCCAGGUGCCUCAAACCUCCCACCCACCCCUCAAAAAAAAAGAAUAAAAAUUAUAAUAAAAAGAGUUCAAUAGGUGAAAUUGCUCCAGUUUGUAUUAGCAUUUGUAAUACCAACCAUCAAUUCAACUCCAAUCCAUUUUGCUGUCCGUACAAAACAGGGUUCCAUUUUUUGUCAUUGCCACGGAUGGGCCAAGUAAUUGUAACCGAUGUACUUCUUUGAGACUAAGCUGAUUUGUGGCUCAUGCCUCAGUUGAAGCAAUCAUAUUCCAACAGCGACCGAUCGAUCAGAGCAGAGCACGGCGAGCCGUCGCAGUUUGCUGUCGAUCAUUAACCAGCAUCUUGUCCUUUUAGUUUUCUGCCAGCCCUGUGCCGUGCGUCCCCAGUACACGGUAACAUGGGGGACAUGGAGUUGGCCACGUAGCAGUGCUGAUACCCGGCAAAUGGACCAUGCCCCCGUUAUUAACCACCGGCGGUGGAGAAGGGCAAUUCUUUGGCCCCAUUGGCCUUAGGGGAAGCUACCAUGCAUAUCAGUUAUAAAAGCACCGGCCGGCUAUCCUCACGGCACCGCACUCGCCCGUCUAAUAAUCAGCAGUUGAUUUCCCAUUGUAACUCUUGCCACCCUCCCCCCUGGGGGGGUUCAUUAAAAGAAAACGAGGAAAUGUGGCACCGGAGUUAAUUUGUGACUUGCGCCGUCACCCGUUCCCCCAGAGCUGGUCCAUAUCGACUAUUUUUGGACCGGCGCGCACGAUAGACGGGCCCUUUAUUCCUCCGGCCCCUGAUUCAGUCAGCCGUGCGGAUCGUUCUUGUCGUACAUCGUCGCUUUCGCUAAGUGCAUUCGGGGCCCGUGUUGGAAAUAGAGGCGCAUAAACAAGUAGAGGAUGCCAUUACGGCCGUUACACCAGUCACCACCAAGAAUUGGCCCUUUCCAGCUACGUUUUGUUUGGGCAAGGCGCCGGUCGUGCAUCCACAUCCCCUGUGGAUGCAACAGCAUACAUAAACCUCAGCCACAUAAGUCCGGAGGGACUGGCUAUUACACAGAGCUGGCUAGGCAGCGAGGGGACACGCAGUUCUCAAUACAGUGAAAUCCCAAGCUGCCCUUGAGUCGAAGUACAGGUUGCCACUGGCAGAAAUGAGGUCUCUGUCGCUGGUGGUAAUGUAAUGGCUAUCGCUGUUACUGGCAGGUCUGUUCCAGAGAGAGCGUUCUUUUUACCUGGAAUAAAAGUCCUUCCAUUUUACUGUACUUAAGGCUGCCUUGUCAGUUCAACCCUUCAAGAUAGACCCUUUUGAUGGGAAACCUCAUGUGUUAAAAUAAAACGCGUUGAUGCCUUUUCUGUUGUCAGUGUCACUACAGAACUUAGCAAGUGCUUUUCUGUGUAGAAGCAAAGGUAGGCUUACCAACACCAUCUGCAUUGUGUCCAGUGGAGAGAAGGCACGCAAACUAUCGGCACUUAUUUGUACAACACCCCCCCCCUUUUCAUUGAAAAAAGCUUUAUUUGAAGAUUUUUUUCAUUCCAUUUUUGAUUAAACAUUUAGAAACACUGCCAAUUUCCGUCCAUUAUAAAUUCCGUAAUAUACAUGUUUAUUUAAAAUGAUUUAAUAAAAACAACUGGAUUCUUCAUGGUUACA